AUGGCGAAAGGAGCAGAUUUCUUUUGUCUCCUUGUCUUGUUUUUGAGUUCAGUCUCAGCAAUCAUAGAUGAUCCUCAAUAUAAACAAGUGUAUGUUGUCUACAUGGGCUCACUUCCGUCUCAACUAGAAUACACACCAAUGUCGUAUCAUAUGAGUAUUCUUCAAGAAGUCACCGGAGAAAGUUCGGUGGAAGGUCGUUUAGUGAGAAGUUACAAGAGGAGUUUCAACGGUUUCGCUGCCCGACUCACUGAGUCAGAACGAGAAAGAGUAGCCGAAAUGGAGGGAGUUGUGUCUGUGUUUCCGAACAUGAACUACAAACUCCAAACGACGGCGUCUUGGGAUUUCUUGGGGUUGAAGGAAGGAAAGAAUACAAAGCAUAACUUAGCCAUAGAGAGUGAUAUUAUCAUCGGCGUCAUCGACUCUGGGAUUUGGCCGGAAUCCGAUAGCUUUUCGGACAAAGGCUUUGGUCCUCCUCCUAAGAAAUGGAAAGGUGUUUGUUCCGGCGGCAAAAACUUCACUUGCAACAACAAGUUGAUCGGAGCAAGAGACUACACAAGCGAAGGUGCUAGGGACCUCCAAGGGCACGGUACUCACACAACGUCCACAGCUGCUGGAAACGCAGUUGAGAACACAAGUUUCUAUGGAAUCGGUAAUGGAACGGCUAGAGGCGGUGUUCCAGCCUCUAGAAUCGCAGCUUACAAAGUCUGCUCAGAGACAGAUUGUACCGCGGCAUCUCUACUGUCUGCCUUUGAUGAUGCGAUAGCAGACGGUGUUGAGCUCAUCAGCAUCUCUCUCUCGGGAGGCUAUCCCCAGAAGUACGAAAAGGACGCGAUGGCGAUUGGGGCUUUUCAUGCUAAUGUCAAGGGGAUUCUUACUGUGAACGCAGCCGGUAAUUCUGGUCCGUUUGCGGCCUCAAUCGAGAGCGUAGCGCCGUGGAUGUUAUCGGUUGCAGCCAGCACCACGAACCGUGGGUUUUUCACCAAAGUUGUUUUGGGAAACGGUAAGACACUUGUCGGAAGACCAGUGAAUGCUUUUGAUCUGAAAGGAAAGAAGUAUCCUCUUGUCUACGGAGAUACUUUCAACGAAUCUCUUGUGCAAGGAAAGAUCUUGGUUUCCGCAUUCCCAACUAGUUCAGAAGUAGCUGUUGGAUCCAUACUUAGAGACGAAUUUCAAUACUAUGCUUUCAUUAGCUCCAAGCCCUUCUCUCUUCUACCACGAGAAGAAUUUGACUCUCUCGUCUCUUACAUUAACUCCACAAGGUCCCCGCAAGGGUCUUUUCUUAAAACUGAGGCAUUCUUUAAUCAGACAGCUCCUACAGUUGCUUCCUUCUCUUCUCGCGGUCCAAACACUAUUGCAGUUGAUAUUCUUAAGCCAGAUGUAUCAGCACCAGGAGUGGAGAUUCUCGCUGCGUAUUCACCUUUGAGUUCACCAUCUGACGACAGGAUCGAUAGAAGACAUGUAAAGUACUCUGUUCUGUCAGGAACUUCGAUGGCUUGUCCACACGUUGCAGGCGUACUUUUCAUCCUGAAUGGUCUCCUUCCGUGAUCCAAUCUGCCAUCAUGA